CAACAACCGUGGAGACUUCAGACACUUAAAAUCACAACUCACUUUACUGAGUAGGAGUCGGUUGAUUGUCUUUCCAUCAUCUCCUGUCCUCUCUGAACAGAUUCCUUAAGAGAAAAGCUGUGUUGCUGUUGAGAAAUUGUUCAGCUGAUUUUCUGAUGGUCAGCCAUGGAUGAAGAUGACAGCCAAGAGGAGCUGAUCAACCGCAGUACUUCCAACAGCAAAGGAAAAAGGCCUGCGUUGUGGGCAAUCUCAGAUGACUCGGACAGUGGGGAAGCGGAGUCUGAAGAGGGAGAAUCUGAGAGUGGUGAGGAAGAAGAGGAUGAUCAUCUAGGUGGAGAGGAUGAUAGUGAUGAGGAAGAUGAUGAUGAGGAGGAGGAGGAAGAAGAAGAUGGGAAUGAAGAGGAGGAUGAUGAGGAAGAAGAGGGAGACGCUAAGGCUGAGGAUGGAGCUUUAGUUGGAACCUCUGCUGAUCUUGCCGACAUGAGCUCGGAUGAAGACGCAGAUAAAUGUCCCAUCUGCCUUAACUCCUUCAGCAGCCAGCCUGUCGCAACACCAGAGAACUGCGAGCACUACUUCUGCCUCGACUGCAUCCUUGCAUGGGCCAAGAAUGCAAACUCGUGUCCUGUGGACCGUAUUGCCUUCAACAGCAUAUACCUAAGGAAAUGUUAUGGAGGCAAAGUAAAGAAAAUGAUCACAGUACAAAAGCCUGUGAAGGAAGGGGUUGAGGAAGUAGUGGAUUUGGACCUGGAGCAGACCAGCUGUGAGGCGUGUGGGGGCAGUGACCGUGAGGACCGCCUCUUGCUCUGCGAUGGCUGUGAUUCUGGGUAUCACAUGGAGUGUCUCACGCCACCUCUGGACUCUGUUCCUGUGGAGGAAUGGUUCUGCCCAGAGUGUGAAGCCACUAACCGUCGCUCAAGGGUUUCAGCUGAAGAACUUAGCGCCACAGAGAGCCUUCCCUCUACCGCCCGUCCUGCCACCAGUCGCUUCCAGUUCGGUGCUGCAGGUCCCACCAGAGCCAUCGCCCGGACACAGCAGAGCGAGAGGGUUCGCGCUAAUGUCAACCGCCAUCGCAUCACACAGGCACGCUCCUCACAGUUGGCUCCCACCUUUCUCAUCCAGUCCACUUGGCUCGAUGACACUAUUAACGCUGUGGUGGCUGGGCUCAACACGGCUGUGUAUAUACGGGACUUCACCCCCCGCCCCCCAACUACUCACAGGCGCAAGACUAGAAAGCGCAGAAAGGUCCGAAGAAAGACAACAUCUUCUGCUAAAAGUAAAACAGGCAAAGCAGCAACUACAGGAGUGAAGAGGAGGAAACGGAGAGUGAGGAGGACUAAAUCCAGAAGAAGGAUCGUGAAAAAGCCAGCCACUCCUCGAAGCCGUAUUGCUAAUACUCUCCGAAUUGUAAAGGACAAAAAGGGUUCUUCGCUUCCUUCAGUGUAUCGGCCAGCAGAGAACACGCUAAGCAACAUGCGUGCUGACAUCGGUGCUGCAUCUCUCUCUAUCCACGGGGAUCGAUACGACCUGGAUCCAUUAUCGGAACGUGAGGAGGUGGAGCAGCAGGCCCGCGUCACAUCGCUGUUGGAGGCCAAGAGACGAGGGAUCUCUCGCUCCGCUCUGCGCUCUCACCAGCCUGUAGCUCGACCCGUCACUGCAGGCCAUUCCAGGAGAGGUAUGGACGUUCCCCAAUCAGCGGGUUUUGUUGAGGCGGCUCCUGUGCCCGACCUCCUGGGAAGCAUCCUAUCAGGACAGAGCGUCCUCUUGAUGAACAGCUGUGAUGUCGUUAUCAAUCGAGAUGGUUCCCUUAAAGCUACAAAGUCAUUAAUGCAAUCCGAGUUAAACCCAGGCCACAGCAACGACAACAGCUCAGGAGAUGCCAGCACCCAGAUCAGUCCAAUGAUGUCCCCCAACCAAGGAGACAGUUCUCCGUCCCUCCCCUACAAUGUAGACCAACCAGGAUCCUCCCACAGUUCCAUGAACAGACCUCUAUCCCAGAGCUCCUCUCACUUACCCCCCCACACGCCCCUGCAGACCGGCCACAUCCGACCAUCUUCUCAUUCAGACUUACCGCCCCGGGGUCACCCAAGUUUGCAGCUACCUCUUCCGAUCAGACCCACGCACCCCCAUGGUCAUCAGAGAAGCAACGGAGCCCCCAGCCCCUCCCUAAGCACCAAGAGCAAGGGGAUGGCCUCAUCACAAUCCCAAAAAGCACCUGCAAAGCCCAUGUGGGUAGAUGUGUCAGUGCUUCCUAGGAUACCAAAAAUAAAAAGGGAGAGCGGUGAUGUCACAAAUAAUGACACCAAUCAAGAUGGCCGUGAUCGUAGCAGCAGCAGCAGUAGUAGUAGGGGAAGCAGUAGCAAUUCCACCACCAGUCGUCAUGGUCACAGCCUGCCAGAAACAGGCAUGAACAGUCUUGCUGGGGACAGGGGACGGCAGCAAAGUGUAGACCAGCAGAAGGGCCGGGCUGAGGGUCAGAGGCAGAGGCCCGAGGGACCUGGCUCUUCCUCAGCCUUCUCCAACUCAUUCUCCUCCUCUUCAUCCUCCAUGGGCUCUUCUGCCAGCCAGUCUCGUUAUUCCUCGUCGGCAUCAUCCUCGUCAUCGGUGAGUUUCCGCAUUAACGCAAGUGGGAACACGUGGCAGUCGAGGCAGGUAGGCAGCUCGUCACUUCCUGUCGCCGGAAGCAGUACGCAGCCGACCCGGGCACAAAAGGAAGACGAUGCCAAAAAGAGGCAGCUGCACAGAGAUAAACAGAAGCUGCUGGCAUCGCGUACAGCGGUCAAACAGGAAGAAAGCAGCGAUACUAUCUACGAUCCUUUUGAUCCCACUCUGUCAGACUCGAGCAGCUCGGACAACGAAGCAGAGAGCGCAAGACUGCAUGGAAGCUCCCAGAAUGCAACACGCGAGCAGAAAACUUCUAGUUUAGUAAACAAGAAGCAAAGGCAGCAGGACCUGGUGACUGUCAAAACCGAAUCACAGGACAUUGAGGUCUCACAGGGAGAACCAAUGAGAGCUGAUGCUCAGGAAUCCACAUCCCAGGAGGUCAGAUUCUCCGAAAAAUAUGUCAAGGUCGAAACAAAAUCAAGACUAAUGGAUAUGAAGUCUGAGAAAACAACAUCAUUACUAGCCACUAAAGUUGAGAAAGAACCAGGGUUGGAUGACGCAGGGGGAGCUGAAAGAAUUGGUAGCGGCGUUCAAAGUGAAAAGACAGAAGACACUUCACCACCUGUCCAACACAGACUGGAUCUUUUCAAGAUUAAGAGAGAAGAGGAGAGUGCACAGAGUGCUGUAACUCCUAACACUGCUCCUCGAGAUCCAUCAGCAUCCAGCUCUACUCCCACCAAGAAGGAACAAAAGCCGGAAACUAAAUCUGACUCUAAAUCCUCUCACAAGUCAAGAGAUUUGUGCCAAAAGAAGAAGACCUUCCAAGCUUCGAAGGAGAGGCGCUCUAAAAGCCCAGAGACAGACAGAGGGAAGAGGGGAGACCAUCAGGCAUCAGGCCCAGGAGGCAGACAAAAGGACAAGAGUUCCAGGCGGUCCAGGUCCAGAGAGAGGACUGGUGCACACUCAGUCUCUGAAAGCUCUCAGUCCCCUGUGAGGAAACGCCCAAAGAGACAGCGAUCCCGCUCCCAAUCCAAAGAGAGGAGGAGAUCUAGGUCUGGUUCUGGAUCGAGCAGCAGAGAGCGUUCCAGAAAGAAGAAGCCUUUACAAAGGAGCAAGGAGAGAAGUGAUGGCAGAGAUCGAGACGGUGAUAGAGGCCGAGAGUCGAAGGACAAGAGACACGGUCGGGGUCGCUCAAAUUCACGGUCGAAAUCACGGUCCAGAUCCGUAUCCAGGGAACGGAAGAAGGAUCACACGCGACUGCCACAACCAUCUCUCUCCUCCAAAGACAAGGAGGACUCUCGAUCAAAAGACAAGGUGAGACGCAGGUCCAGAUCCAGCUCAAGAGAGAAAAGGAAAGAAGAAGGAUCUUCAUCCAAGAGCGCUCCGAAGACUUCAGGGUCCCGCGUUUCGUCCUCUAAAGACACAAAACGGUCACAAGACAAGAAAAGAGCAAAGGAUACACCUGUAAGCUCCAUCAAAGACGAACACGUUGCCCCAGUGAUCAAACAAAAGACUCCCUCCCAUACUCCUGCCUCUGAAAUGACAAAGAAAGACCAUAAGGUAGAGAGCCAGGACACAACGGCAGAAAAAGCCACAGAGAUCAAGGUUGAAAAAGAAAUAAAGAAAGAAAAGCGACCAUCUCUCGAUAUGUUUGAAGAUUUGUUUUCUAUUAGUGAACCGAUUAAGAAAGACGAAUCUGACAUCCAUGCUUUCAUGGUGGCCAAAAGCAUGGAUGAGAAGGGGGAAAAAGAAGACCCCAUCAAGACGGAGAAGUGUCAAAUCCCCUUUAUUAAAUCUGAGCCAAGUUCCCCUAAAUUAUGCCAUUCACCCCCUCUCCCCUUAUCCUCCUCACUGACCACAGCUGUCCCAGCAGACAGUCUCCAGGAUACAGUGUCUGACCCAGAGUUAAUGGCCUCCAGAGAACAACCAGACUCUGUGAAGCAGGAAGUCCAGGAGCCCUCGGACUCUGAUGAUGACUUUAAUGUCGAUGUGAUGCUGGACAGCCUGGACUAUGUGAAGACCGAGCGCUCAGAGGAGAGCGGUGCAUCUGUCAAACUGGAGGAGGAGGAGGAAGAAGAAGAGGAGGAGGAAGAGGAGGAAGGGGAGGAGGGGAAGAGCGAACAGAUAUCGACCGUAGCCAAAUCCAAGAUUCAGGGGAAGAGGGUCACCUGGAAUAUACAGGAGGGGCCUCAACCAGAAAAGAAGUCUGCAAGCAAGCUGUCUCUGUAUAAACUGAAGCUGAAGCAGGAAGGGGCUCGCAGACCCUCCUCAACAGGCCAGACAUCCAGUCAGGUAGGACAGGACAUCACUGCGGCUGUCCGUAAACCCUCCAAGCGGGGGGCUGUUGGAACCUCCUCUAGAUCUGAUGGAGAACAAGGAGAACCAGAGGAAGGGGAGUUAAUGGGGAAAGAUCAGUAUUUGAAGAAGCUGCACAUGCAGGAGAGGGCUAUAGAAGAGGUGAAGCUUGCCAUCAAGCCUUUCUACCAGAGCAGAGACAUCAACAAGGAUGAAUACAAAGAGAUUCUACGCAAAGCCGUCCAGAAGGUGUGCCACAGCAAGAGUGGGGAGAUCCACCCAGUGAAGGUGGGCAAUCUGGUCAAGGCAUACGUGGACAAAUACAAACACGCUAGGAAACACAAGAAAGACGAGGACUUGGGGCAGGAGGAUGAUGAUAUGAAAAUCUCUGAUAGCCCGUGAGGAGGCAAACAUUGAAGGCGAGGACAGCCACUCCCACUGCUAACACUUACCCAUACACCAUGUUUCACUCUGAGUCAUAUUACUGGCUGUGAUCUCCAACUCUACAAUCAAAAUGGUAAACUAGCAGCUUCAAGAUUUAAUGUCUUGUGCUUGGACUGUCACUGCCAAGAAGCGGACUCUUUGUGUUGAUCAUCUCAGAACCGGGAGGCCUGGAGGUUGUGCCUUAAAGAGGCAAAUCUCAAACCCUCUCAAAUCACCCCCCCCCCCCAUGGAGCCAGAAAUCAGGUAGCUUCGGAUGCAGCUCGGGCUUUGAGUUUCACACGGCUGUUUUGUGGGUAUUUAUCAGUGACAACACUUUCUGUUGGUUAAGAAGUGGUAGAAUAAUAUGCAUUAUUUGCAUAUUUAAGACAUUUGUAACGUUAAGGAACAACACUGUUAUGCAAUUUUUGUAGAAAGUGUAUCCGUAAAGAUAUGAAACCAUUUUAGUUGUUUGGUUGUAAAUAAUAUAGAUUUGAUAUAUCCACUUAUGUUCCUUUCAUCUGUGUUGCGAAUGACUGAUAUAAAUGGUUCUAGUUUAUAGAGCUGACUGGUUUCUGUUUUGUAUUAUCCGUCUUCCACAUCCCAAACAAUGUUUAAAGAGCUAAAUCCAGUCCAGCGUAGUGCAGGGAAAUUGUGGCUCCGCAGUUUCAACAGUCACUUCUUUCUAAGGAUUAUUUAUUGUGUUAUUUUCCAAGCUGAAUUUUAGCUAUUGUCAGCCUUUGUUAGAAAUGUGAAAAUAGAGGUUUAUCUAGGGAAUCAUUUGUUUUUUCCAAAUUGGUAGGAGAAAACAUGCACUCAUUUUCUCAAUAAUAGAGAUUCAAUUUGUUUUUGCCAAUUCUUUUUUUAAACAGUUGCGACUACUACUCCACACUACCGUAAGUAUACAUUUGAGUUUGAAGUGGAAAGAGUUAAAAUACAGCCUUCAUGUUCAAAAAGCUCAAUGGGUUUCAGUCCCCAGAAACAUUCAUUUCUGUAUUGCGUUGCUGUCUUACCUGGUGCACUCAUGUCAACAUACCCUUUAACAACCGUUUGUUGUUGUUGUAUGUAAUAUAUAUUAAUACGAUUUUUUUUUUUAUUUGCAUGUAAAUCCAUGGUUUUUGAGAUCAAUGUAUAGUCCAUAAAUAAUAGGAACAAUAGAAUAUCUCAUAAAUCGCAGCAAUUUCCAAGGUAAUGAACUGUAAUCUGUUCAGGGUUCACUUUGAGGUGUCUGCUAUACUAACAGUAAUCACAGCUUCACUAGGACUGCUUUGUCAAUGUGUCUUAAAACUGAACCUCACUCUUUGCUUUCUUUUACCGAAAUGUUCAUGAGAAAGUCAUUCUGUGUGUAAACUGUCAAUAGCAGUUUGUUUGCUGUAUGAGGGUGGUUGGACUUGCCUUGUACUUUGUCACGUUAAAUCAGCUUUAUAAAGCCAAUAAAUAGGAAUGAAAACAUUUUCAAACACAGGUGCUCGUGUUUAUCUGAUUGUAUUUUACUUUUUUCCGCAUUUACUUUAGACAGGCCAGGUGUUUUUAAGAGGGAACACUAAUGAUAAUAAAUCACUGAAGAUGAAUAGG